GAUGUACGUCUUACUAUGUGGAUGUGUUGUUUUGAAUUGCUCUGCAGAUCUAAGAAGGACAAGUCGCCUCCCACUAACCAGCGGCGCUCAUCAAAGCAAGAAGAACCAGCGCCGGCUCUUCCCCCUCGUCCCGGCCCUAGCCAUCCACUCUUCAAAUAUUCAGUAUCAGAUCCACACGGAAUAUGUGUACAUCCUUACAAAGCCUCUCAAGAAGAUGACCUGGCUAUGGAGAAAGAAGAUGUAAUUGUACUGCUGGAGCGGAUCGACGAUAACUGGCUGUUCGGUAGAAAUGUGGAGACGGAAGGCAUGUUCCCGCAACGACACAUUCGCAUCGUCAAGAAGCUACCAAGUGAUGUCAAAAUGGCUACUGGACCUUCCUGUGUUGCCAUGUUUGAUUUCGUUGGAGAAUCCGAAGAUGAGCUGACAUUCUCAAAGGGCGAUCUGAUCGAGCUGAUUGCGCGUGAAGGCACAGAUUGGCUCAAGGGCAGGCUGAACAACCAAGAGGGUGCGUUCCCACGCGAGUAUGUCGAGAUCCUGGAUGAUCUUCCUGAAGAGGAGGAAGCAGCAGCUCCGGCUGACGAUGAACCGGUGGACGACCAAGAAUAUGACAGGCCCUGUUGUCGGGCCACGUUUGAUUUUGAAGGUCAGGACAGCUCUGAGCUGACGUUCAGCAAGGGUGAUAUGAUCGACAUUGUUGACCGCAUCGAUGCCGACUGGCUGAAGGGAAAGCUGAAUGGAAAGGAAGGGAUUUUCCCCGACGCCUUUGUCCAGGUUCUCAAGGAUAUUCCUCCGGGUGGCAUAACAGAAGAGCCUUCGGCUGAUAUGUCUGCUGGUGACGCGAAGCCCGCUGCUGCUGCUGCUACCGAAGAACCCAAAAAGGCUGAAAAAGAAGCGGAGGCAAAGGAGGGAGGCCGAACAGAUCCGUAUGCCGUGGCCACGUUCGACUACAAGGCCGAGGCGUCCGACGAGCUGACGUUCUCGGCCGGGGACGAGAUCUUCCUGCUGCGUCGCAUCGACAAGGAAUGGAUGGAAGGUGUACACGUGAACAAGACCGGUAUCUUCCCGGUGGGCUAUGUGGAAAUCAAGAUUGAUCUGCCCGAAAACGAAGCAGCCGUGAAACUCUCUAGCAAUAUCUCAGCCGAGUCCGAUCUGAGUCCACGUGUUGAAGCACUGUUCGACUUUGGAGCAGAGCAGGAUGACGAGCUGACGUUUAACACUGGUGAUAUAAUCUAUCUACUGGAUCGCGAAGGCAAGGACUGGUACAUGGGUGAGCUGAACAACAAGAUCGGAAAGUUCCCGUCCAACUUUGUUAAGGUCAUUCUCGACCUGCCGUAAAACAGGACGACGACCUGACUGGCAUCGUGACUGUGAGCAGUUCACACCUGAAUCACACACACCACUGUGCGCUGUGGUGUGAGGCAAUGUGCAUCGCCACGUAUGCAUCUGUUGAGAGCUACCACUGGCCAUUACAAGCGCCUUUUUUUUCCAGUGGUAGUGUGCGCUGGGCAUUCUGCUUUUUGAACGUCUCAAGUAGAUUUUUUUUCAGAAUUUUCUGACCUGCUUUUGCCAAACUUGGGUCUUUAUUGGAGCACCAUCUCAUGUGCUGCCGGCCAGUGCAUAGAUAUAAGAGGCGAUCGCGUUCUUUCGUUCCAAACCUGCUUAGUGAAAUAUUCCGCAGGCAUCUCCGUGCAGCAUCCUGCGUGCAUCGCUGCCAUAUUUGCAGAUAUUUAGCCGAUAAUAUUCUUUACAGCAAGAGAACCCCCCCCCCCCCUUAGAAUCUGUUUUACUCGUGUAGUUUUCUAUAUCAUGAUAUUUUAUUACAAUAGUCACUCCACUCGCACAAGA